AUGUCCCUUUCAAACGCAAAAGCGGCCGAUGCGGCCGCGGCAGCGAAGCAGGCAUCGCACCAACUGGCGACGCUUCCGGCAUCGGCCCGCAACGACGCGCUCACGGCCGUGCACUCGGCCCUGUCCGCCGCAAAGGACGACAUACUGGCCGCCAACGCCCGGGACAUGGAACAGGCCCGCAAGGCGGCGGCCGACGGCUCCCUGAGCAGCAGCCUCGUGUCCCGGCUGGACCUGGCCAAGCCCGGAAAGUGGGACGACAUGCUCAAGGGCAUCCUCGACGUCCGCGACCUCGAGGACCCCGUCGGCCGCGUCACCCUCCGCACCAGGAUCGACCAGGGCCUCGAGCUGGAGCGCGUCACCUGCCCCAUCGGCGUGCUGCUCAUCAUCUUCGAGGCUCGCCCAGAGGUCAUCGCAAACAUCGCCGCCCUGGCCAUCAAGUCGGGCAACGCCGCCAUCCUCAAGGGCGGCAAGGAGUCGACCGAGUCCUUUGUGGCCAUCGCGAGCGUCAUAGCCUCGGCGCUAGAGGGGACCCAGGUGCCCAACGACGCCGUCCAGCUCGUCACUACGCGCGAUGCAGUGUCGGACCUGCUGAGCCAGGACCGCUUCGUCGACCUCGUCAUCCCCCGUGGCGGCAACGAGCUCGUCCGCCACGUCAAGAACAACACCCGCAUCCCCGUCCUCGGACACGCCGACGGCCUCUGCUCCGUAUACAUUGCAGACGAUGCGGAACCGGCCCUGUCGGUCGACGUCGUGGUCGACAGCAAGACCAACUACCCCGCCGCCUGCAACAGCGCAGAAACCCUCCUCGUCUCCCGCGGCGCCCUCUCCAGCGUCUUCCCCGCCGUGGCAUCCGCCCUGGCCGCAAAGGGCGUGACCCUCCACUGCGACCCGGACUCCCUGGCAGCCGUGCAAGGCACACUAGGUACUGCCGCAAAGCCCGCCACCGCCGAGGAUUUCGAGACCGAGUUCCUUUCCCUGGACGUGGCGGUCAAGACGGUCGACGGGCUGGACGCCGCCAUUGCGCACAUCAACAGCCACGGUAGUCACCACACCGACGCCAUCCUGACGGCCAGCAAGGAGGAUGCCGAACGGUUCAUGGCCGCCGUCGACUCGGCCGGAGUAUACUGGAACGCGUCCACCCGCUUCGCCGACGGCAUGCGCUACGGCUUCGGCACCGAGGUCGGCAUCAGCACCAACAAGAUCCACUCGAGGGGUCCUGUCGGGCUCGAUGGGCUCAUGAUUUACAAGUACAAGAUGCGAGGCACAGGACAGGUCGCCGGGGCAUACGGCGAGGGGGAUGGCAAGCGUCAGUUUGUCCAUGAAUCGCUACCAUUGUAA